AUGUCGCAUACUGUCCCGAAACUCAAUGAUCCAACACUGUUCAAAACCGGAGUUGCCUACGUUAAUGGGGAAUGGGUUAAAGCAGCUUCUAGAAAGACCUUUGAGGUUACUGAUCCAUCAACUGGAAAAUUCAUCGGGAAUGCUCCAGAGUUCGAUGUAGACGACACGAAGAAAGCAAUCGAUGCCGCAGCCGCAGCACUUCCCUCAUUCAAGACUACAACCGGACGCGAACGAGCUAAGCUUUUACGGAAAUGGUUUGAUUUGAUGAUUGAGAACAGUGAGGAUAUUGCUAGGCUCAUAACAUGGGAGAAUGGAAAGCCGCUGGCGGAUGCAAAGGGAGAGACUACAUACGCAGCCAACUUUCUGGAAUGGUUCAGUGAAGAGGCUCCCAGAAAUUAUGGAGACGUUAUCCCAUCAUCUGUUCCUGGAAACAGAAUCAUCACAUUGAAAGAGCCUGUUGGUGUAGUUGGACUUAUCACCCCAUGGAAUUUCCCGGCUGCCAUGAUAACGAGAAAGAUUGCCCCUGCAUUGGCAGCUGGUUGCACAGUUGUUGCGAAGUCUCCGGGUGAGACACCUUUCACCUCCCUUGCUCUCGCCGAACUCGCACACAGAGCGGGAAUUCCUAAGGGUGUAGUAAACUUUGUCAGCUCUCUCAAAAACACACCCGCAAUAGGUGAGCUACUUACUACUUCGCCAAUCAUCAAGAAAGUUUCCUUCACUGGAUCUACUGGGGUGGGUAAAAUUUUGAUGAAACAGUCAUCUUCAACGUUGAAGAAAUUGUCUUUCGAGCUUGGUGGGAAUUCUCCGUUCAUCGUAUUUGAUGAUGCCGAUCUUGAUCUUGCAGUAGCUGCUGCUAUUGUAUGCAAGUUUCGCUCCUCAGGACAAACUUGCGUUUGUGCCAACCGAAUCUUCGUGCAAUCUGCCAUCUAUGAUGCCUUUGCCGAGAAAUUUGUCGCAAAAGUUAAGGAGUUUAAGGUUGGAGGUGGCUUCUCCGAGGGUGUUACCCAUGGUCCGGUUAUUCACGACCGUGCUGUUGACAAGGUGGAAGCCCAUGUCCGAGACGCAGAGAAGAAAGGAGGAAAGGUCGUCCAAGGUGGACAGAAGAUCCCUGAGCUUGGAGCCAACUUUUUCCAACCUACUGUCAUCACUGGCGCUACUACUGAUAUGGAUCUCGCAAACGAGGAAACUUUCGGUCCCGUCGCAGGAUUAUUCAAAUUUGACACUGAAGAGGAAGUGGUUCGAAUUGCAAACUCUUCUGAUGUCGGCUUGGCAGGCUAUUUCUUCACUAAUGACGUUGAAAGGGCCACUAGGAUCUCGGAAGAGUUGGAGCUUGGAAUGGUUGGUGUCAACACAGGUUUGAUCAGUGAUGUUGCAUCUCCAUUCGGUGGUGUUAAGGAGUCAGGAUUUGGACGUGAAGGAAGCAAAUAUGGAAUCGCAGAGUAUCAAACAAUCAAAGUGAUCACAUAUGGAGGCAUGGGCAAGCCUUUACAAAAAUAA